CUGAGAUAAAACAUGGCGGCAGAAAUUCGCGAGAACAAGUGCGUCGUAUUGAAGACUCGCCCAGGUGUAGAAAGCCAACCGAAUGAUUCAAACUUUGCUCUGGAAAAAAGAGAAGUUCCACCCUGUAACGAGGGAGAAAUAUUGGUAAAGACGUUGUAUCUGUCUGUGGAUCCUUACAUGAGAUGUCGUAUGAACGAGGAAACUGGCUCAAGCUAUCUUACUCCAUGGCCACUCGGAGAUCCACCAACUGGCGGCGGAGUAGGCCAAGUGAUUCAGAGCAAGAGUAACAAUUUCAAAGAAGGAGACAUUGUGGAGUCGAUCGUGUGGCCAUGGCAGGAAUUGGUGGUGUUUUCGGGCGAAAAUCCACGGCUAGUCAAGGUAUAUAGACUGCUCACUCAAAAGCGAAUGGGACAUCUCAGGUUUUAUCCGCACACCGCCUAUGGAAGGCAUAAUUUCGAUAGGCUCUCGUGUGAAUGCCCCCCAAGGAAGGCAGGAUUCCGAUAGGUCCUUUGUGGCAAAAUUCCCACCUGUUGUGGUGGUGGUGGUGGUGGUGGUGGUGUGGGGGGAGAAGCGGGGGUAGGGGGAGGAGGGAUAUAAAUGAUGGAAUGCUCCCAUCAAAAGAGGGCAGACAUUAGCCCUAAGAAUCUCUGGCAAGAGAGGCUAAAGGGAAGAGGGACAGUCCAGGGCUACUUAACCAUUUACAUGGCAAAACUGGAAAUCCCUGUUGGAAAAUCAAAUGGUUUGUACCUAUCUGUUUGGGAAACUUCAGAAAAUAUGGGCUGUGAUUUGUGUUAAUGCAAUUUUUCAGUUCUUUUCAGUCUGUUAAGGUGAUUUGGAUAUACUUUGUAGCAGUUUGUUCUCCCACCUCAUCAAAUUUGUAGUUUUAAGUUUAUUGCACCUGUGUGGUUUGUGUAAAUGGUUAGCACCCAAGAUCUCAGUCAGGAGUGGGGUGGUUAGGCAAUGGGGAAAGAUAGACUGAUCCCAGAACUCAGAUCGGAAUUGGAGGGGGAGGGGGAGAGGAGGAUGUACUUGUAACAUUUGUUAUCAAAAGCUCAUUCUGCCUACUCUAUUCACUUUAUAAUCCAACAUAUGUUUUUGCCUUGUCAAUCAAGGCAACUGAAAGGAUAACAGACUGCACUGGAGUAAAACAUUUUGCAUUUCUAGCGAUUACUAACCUCAACAAGAUUAGAUCAGUCAGUAGAGCACUUGAUUACAGAGUGGGAGGUCACGGGUUUGAUUCUCAAGGCCAGACCAUUACUCGAGGUUUAAAAUAACUGACAAAUGAAGGUACUUCCUUUUACCCUGCAAAUGGCCAGACCUUUCAGUAGCACAGUUGACCAUGUAUAUUAAGUGGAGGUCUUGUCUCCAGUAGGGGGCAUAAAAAUAGUGUCCUCAAUUAGUAACUUAGUGCUAAGUACAUUGGCAAAGUGUAUUUUUAUGAUAACUGAGAGUUUAUUAUUCAUUAGGAAGAGAGUCCCUAUCUUUGCUUAAAACCAUCUCUUUUGUUGGGUAUUGUUGGUAUUACUGGUCUGACGUCUUACACUGGCAUCAGAGAAAAGGCACACAUCAAUUCUGGCUCUAAUCAAGCUAUGGUCAUUAGUGGGGCUGCAGGUGCUUGUGGUAUGGCUGCAGGACAGGUGAGUGUUCUGGUAGCAGUAAUUUCAGACUUGAGACCUUCAGAAUCUAAGAUGAGGAUGACCAUGGAUAUGAGAUUUUCUGAAUACUAAGAAUAGUGUGCACAUGAACGAGUGUCAUUUUGGUGUGAGAACAUGAUAGCCUCCAUCAGUCUACUAUGAGUUUUAGCGAGAAUGUCUUAGUGGUGGAAAUGAGUUAUCAAAAUUUAAUGUUAGAAGUUUUGUCAUUUUGCAAUCGGGGAGGCCUCAACCUCCUUUAUUUAAGAUAAUAGUGCCAACUUUUCUAGUGAAAAAUAGUAAAAUGAAGCUUUUUUGGGAGUCCAUUCUUUGAGAAUAUGCAAAAAAUCUUUUACAUGUUUUCAAAUCUCAAACUCAUAGUCAUUCUCAUCCUCAAAUCUGAAGAUCUCUAAUGUCCAACCAUUCUGAUCUUGUGAAAGGUUUAAACCCAGGAGUCAUUUCGUAAGUAGGUUAAGUAUGAUCGUCUGGGUGAACCGCAUAGUCCUGGAUAGGACUGUUGUUGUCGACAGUGACUGACAUUUCCACGACCUGUGUGGUAGUCAUCUUCAUAGUGACCUUGUCAGGAUUCUCCUGAUUUUGCUUGAAAAUUGCAAAUCCUGACCAAUAUGCAACUGGGAUAGGAAAAAUCCUGAUUUUGGCAUCUGUUCUGAUAUUUUUAAAUGAAUUCUUAUUGCGAUACUUAACACCUAACUGAGUAUACUUAGCCAGAACUGAUGUACCCAAAAAACUUAAAUAAGCCAUAUCAAAUAAAAUUGGGUAUUUUUAUGUGAAGCCACACAAGUGAAAAUAAGCAUUAAAAUAGCAAUCAAGUUAGGGAACAUUUUAGACAGGAAUGGUCAGUCUCAGAAUGCUAGCAUUUCAGAGCAUCAAGAUUUCAAAAUUUCCGGGGUAGCAUGCCUCCAGGCUCCCCAGUGUCACAGCACUUAUGUGAUUUGUCACUGAUUUAAAAAAUGUCCCAAUUUUACGCACUCAAAAGGUUGGACAGUUCGUGAUUUACUUGUGAGAUGGGGGAAAGGGCUCUCAAGUUCUAUCCAUAACAUUGGCAUUUUGUGUUUUGUAGUGAGGUUUUUUAUUGCUGGCACAUAAGUAGUAUAUGAUCAUGGGAAGGGGGGUAUUCUCUUUAUUACUCACCCAAAAUAUUUUACAGUUCUUUUACUGGUUCCAAACCUCCAGCUAAUUUUUAUUCUUCAUAACCAGCUGGCACUUUCCGUAUUUGAAAGACGAAGGCAAUAGCUCUUUGUUGCAACAAUAUAAUACAAGCAGCCUCAUUUACAGCCAAUAACCACUUCAGUUGUGCAGAGCUUUAGAGCACAGCAGCCUAGCUAUUUAUACUGAGUGAACUAAAGAAAAAUGGCAUUCAUGGCUAUCCAAGAACGAAAUUGCCGAAUUUCUGACUAAAACUGAAACAUCAAUGGUAACAUCGUCCUCAAACUGCAUAAUUAUUCUUCACAUCAUACCCUGCCUCAUUCAAUAAUAGUUUUUAUUUAUUUUUUAUUUUUGUAUUUUUUGUUUACGUUUAUUGACAAAACACAUAUUACAGUUGCAAAAUUUAAAACUAAAAGAAAGUAUAUAACGAUAUUACAGAGUGGAUCGAAAUUACAUAAAGACGAGAAAAAAUAAAAAUAAUACAGCAGUUGUAAUAAUUCACACAGUAACAUUAGACCUGCUAAUUAACAGAUUAUUCCGGCAAGAUGGGAUACUUACUAACUAAUUGAAGGAGGGGGUUUUUCGAAAUCGUAUCUCCAACUGACUUUAGCCUUAAAUUCAUCCAAAGAUAAAUCUUUAGGAGCUAACUUAUUUAUGUACAAGUAAUAUUUAGCAAACAAAAGAGUAAAAUCAAGCUUUUUGACAAUUGCUGAUGAGCUUUGAUUCUUUCUUUCAUUAUUAAGACCAAAAAUUAAUUCACUUGAGGAUGGUGCAAAGGAGGUGGCAUUUUCAACAUUGAACCAUUUGAUUACUUCUGAAAAAAACCACUUGGUCCAGUGGCAGUUACAAAAAGUAUGAAUUAUUGAAUCAUUUUGUCUGCAGUAAGGACAAUAAUAGUGUUAAAUUGAAUAUUGUUGUUGUUAUUAUUAUUAUUAUUAUUAUUAUUAUCCACACAGUUUAAGGGUUGCAAGCAAGGUGCAUAAUGUGACAAUUCGGCUUGAAUUUUGGCAUGAAUUUAUAAAUUUUUCAACAAUACAUUGAAUUUUGCAACAUCAAAAUGAAGAGAAAGAUUGAUAGCUUGAGAGAUACCUGGAAUUUUCAAGGAGAAAGCCUGGCAUUUCCCAAAAUGUAUAUUUAAUUUUAGAAGUUGUUGCUUGAUAAUUAUUAGUGAGAGUAAGUAAAAAGGUUUAUUAAUCCAGGCUAAUAGAUUGGAUCUUUAGGUGAAGCCUCAUGUCAUUAUUUCUCGUACUUAACACUGUACUUUAGUCAGCCAUAAUAAUAAUUAUUAUUGUCAACCCUGUAGCCAGUGUUUUCUUGGUUUUCACAUAAUGUCACCAAAUUUCAAAAGUAAAGAAUUAUUGAUCCUCCUGAGUUGUUACUUUCAUGAAGUGUUAGGGCAGCUUAAGGCUUAUAUUUUUACAAAUUUUCACUUCGAAAGGGUUCUUAAUUUUGUGAUAGAGUGGAAAAUAAGGGCUAUAUAAAAACAUAGUCUUUUUUGGUUAUUCUUGAAAUACAUUUUAUGUAUGAAUUUUUGUUUUGCUUUGGGCCAAGUAGAGGAAUCACCCCUGUCAUGUAGGCACGUCAAUCAGGAUACUGAGAUCCAGAUUAAUUAAGUAGCUUUAGAGAGCAAGUUAAUUUACAUUAUUUAUCAGUGAGCAUUGUAGCUUAUCAAGCAAGUGCCUCUUGACAGGUCUGUAGACAAUGCUACAUGUAAUUGACACUAAAUUGAAUUAAGAAGCAAUUUUAUGAUUAAAUUAUUCUUUUUCUUAAGAUUGCCAAGUUAGAUGGUUGUGGUAUGGUUAUUGGAAUCUGUGGAACAGAUGAAAAAUGCAACUACCUCACCGAAGAGUUGAACUUUGAUUUUGCAAUCAACUACAAAACAACAAAGGAUAUUGCAAAACAGAUACAGACACUCUGCCCGGCGGGAAUUGAUGUGUACUUUGAUAAUGUUGGUGGUGAAAUUAGCAAUGAGGUACUAGCUUCCUUCUGCAUUGAUUUAUGUUUUUUAGGCAUAUUCUCUAUUGUUAUUAACGACCAUAAUUUAUCAGCAACUGUAAGCUAUUUUUGAUGGCCCAUGUCUUUUUUUGCCCCAACUACUGGUCCAGUAAUUAAUGUUUUUGUUUUUUAUCUUCAGGGCUGAGUUGCUCAAAGGAUGAUUUGUGCUAAUCUAGGGCUGGCUACCAUGACAACUGAUAUGCCCUGUUAAGAGUUAUCCCAAGAUUAAAAUUAGAGUUACUAACUGUUGGGGUUUACCAAACGCAUGCAAGGGUGUGGAGACUCAAAUUCAGGCCCCUUCUCGCCGGUAUUUUUGGAUAUUUUUUAUCAAGCCAAUCGUGGCACAUACUCAAAUCCUGGUGCACACAUGUAAGGGCCUAGGAAAAGGAUUUCGGCGCCAUUUCGCAGACGGACUUAACCAGAGUUUAGUUUCAUCUGUGGUGCAGGCUGUGUAUGAGGAGAAGCUGUUAAAAUAUAAACACACUGUCGAGCAACAAGCAAAUAUUUUGAAGAAGGGCAUUUUACAUGUUUUGAGCUUGAAAAUUCUCUGAAUGAUUAAUAAAACAAUUAUUAUUGAAAUCGUCUUGGUAUGAUAUGAAGAAUUUUGCAGUUCCUGGAAGUGUUACCUCCCAAGGCCAAACACCUCCUCGACCAGCGUAAUUCUACAUAUCAGCCUCGCCCAGAUCAUCUAAUAACUGUUGAUCAUUGCAGGUCAUUCGCUGUAUGAACCAGAAUAGUCACAUUGUCCUGUGCGGGCAGAUCUCAGUCUACAACAAAGACGUACCUUACCCUCCCCUUCUGCCUGCAGAUAUCCAGACCAUACUCAGCAAUAAAAAUAUAACGCGUGAUCGAUUCCUUGUCCUGAACUACAUGGAAAAGUUUCCCGAUGCAAAGAAACAGCUGGAAGCCUGGGUACGAGAAGGAAAGGUAAAGAAUCGCGAAACGGUGGUAGAAGGUUUGGAGAACACUGGUCGAGCGUUUGUUGCCAUGAUGAGCGGCGGGAAUAUUGGAAAACAGGUUGUUAGAGUGGCAGACUUAACGCAAUGAAAACGGCUAAAUACAGUGGUAUUCUGUGAUAAUCACAUUUUUAAUCGCGCUUGUAAAAUGAUGGAUAUUUAGCAUCUUUAGAAAAAACUGACACUUGAAAAUUACAAAAACAGAUCAGACAGAUAAACCUAUGGCCUGUGGUCUCUCCACUGAGAUGGAAUUGGAAAUUGAAAGUAUGGGUGUUUGAGGAGAGACGCUAACUGGAAUACCCGGCGAAAAAACUCUCAGAGGAGAUCUUUUAAAAGAACCAACUGCAAACUCAACCCACACGGCGUCAACACGCUUAAAAUUUCAUAUGCAAGUAAAUUUACCCGCAAUUGAAUUCCUGGGAACCAAACCUAAGGGCCUGUUAACAUGGAGGUGGGGGACCCCAGGUAGGUGAG